AUGUAUGGAAGAGGUCAAGAACUAUUUAUCCAGAAUUCAUUGGGUGUCGAGGUAGAGAAAUAUGUUGUCUCAGCCUUUGCCGCUGUGGCAUGGUAUAAUGCCAUUGAGCUGGUUGUGCUUUGCCUGUUAACAUUUAAGCGGUACCGGGGCUAUUACUUCUGGAGCUUAUUGAUCACAUCCUCCAACCUUGUCCCGUAUUGCCUAAGCGAUAUGCUCCUUUUCUAUCAAUGGGGAAUCUCAAGCUAUAUAUCGGUCACCCUAUGCUUUAUUACCUCGUGCUGUGUGCUUACAGGCCACUCACUUGUAUUAUGGUCGCGACUACACUUGGUCUUGCAAUCGCCAAAACUACUCCAGAUCCUUUUCCGGAUAAUUAUCAUCGAUACUAUCGUCUUUCUCGUUCCCACUGCUGUGCUUAACUAUAUCGUUAUCUCUUUGGAUAGCCGCCGCCUCGGAACCGCAUAUAACAUCAUGACACUAGCCCAGCUUAUUGCAUUUUGUAUCCAGGAGUCUCUCAUCUCUAUUAUCUAUAUAUGGGAGACUACCAAGCUACUGCGACUUCGCUCAAAACACUCAUAUAUACAUAUCCUCGUCCAGUUGCUCGUCAUGAACAUUGCUAUUGUGUUGCUUGACAUGGCGAUUAUAGGAAUUCAAUUGGCCGGGUACUAUACCUUUCAGGCAAUGUUUAGGCACGUCACCUACAGUAUCAAGCUAAAGCUCGAAUAUUUCGUCCUUAAUCAAUUGAUUCAGAUCGCCAAGGAGCCCAUCUCUUUCUCUGAUUCCGUAACACCAAGUGUGCGCGGCAAUACAACGGCCGCACCACAGGUUGGAGCGCCAGCACCAGCAUUAACAGGGGCGCUUAUCGCCAGCAGACCAUCCAAGGGAGAUUAUGUAUGA